UGCUAAUCACAAACAAAUACAUAAGAAGGACAAUAUAGCUAAACAGAACUGGGAUUUUAUAAGAAGUUUAAACGAGUGACCUGCUGGUUUCACUCUGACUACGCGUUCCGCAGGAUUUACAGCUUGUUUGUGGACUUUAGUCAGAAAGCUAACGAGCUAACCAACUAACGAGCUAACCUGACGUUAUGUCAGAGCAACGAGGAAACGAAGAGCAGGAGAGGAAAGAAGACGAGGAGACACACACAGGGGAGUCCACUUUGACCACAGAUGUGCCGGAGGCCGCAGAAGAAGCUGAAGCCCAGGUCGAUCCGCAGGAUGAAGCCGAGCCGCUAAGAGAGACUCAGAAAACUGGAGAUGCUGGAAACUCUACGGCUACAGACGUGCUGGAGACGGUGGAUGAAGCUGAAACUCAGGCCGAUCUGCUCGAUGACGACGAGCGGCUCCGAGAGCCUCAGAGAAGAGAAAAUGUUGGAAACUGUACGGCGACGGUAAAGGUGGUGCUGGUGCCAGGGGGUCAUGUGAUGACGGUGGCCUUCGCCAUCGGCCUCAGCAUCCAGGAGCUGAUCCGCCACCUCGCCGCCGAGGUCAGGGUUCCUGCCGAGGUGCUGCAGAUCUCUCUGGAUGGCAGGGUGGUGGAGGAGCAGUGGAGUCUGAUGGAGCUCGGCGUGCGGCCUCAAGGCUCCACCCGAAUGGAGAUGAGCUCCACUGACCCGGCCACCCACCCGCUCCGCCCGCUCCGUCCCCCGGAGCAGGACAACAUGCCGGACGUCAUCACCGUCCGAGUCCAGACAGAUGAGGGCGUGUUCCAGGAGGUGGUGGUGGAGAUUGAGCGCCCCCCCCAGCAGAAGGCCUUCCUGGGCGGCUACAGACACCAGCUGACGGGGGCGGAGUACCACCACGCCGCCGUCCAGACCCGGUCCAAGAGGAGACCCGACAGAGGAGCGGUGGUCUUCAGCCGCGACACACAGACAGCAGACCUGAAGUCUCAGGUCCAGCAGUGUCCGGUCCACGUCUCCACCCAGAUGGCCGCCGUCGGCUGCCACGUCUCCUGUGGGAGCGACAGGCUGGUCGCUGCAUGCGGCGGCUACGUCACCGCCGACGAGCACCGUGACACGAGGCUGAGAGCGGUGAUCUGUCUGCAGUCGUUCGCUCGGCGCUGGCUGGCCCGGCAGGAAGUGGACAGCAUGCGGACGGACCGGGACCGGCGGCUGGCCUGGCUGGAGAUGCAGGAGAGGAGCAGGACGGAGGAGAAGAAGGAGCAGCUGAGAGACCGCCGCCGCCGCUGGAUGAACCCGCAGAGGAGGGAGGACUUCAACCUGCUGUACCACGCUCUAGAGAAGUGGAGGUGUGAGGAGGAGCAGCGGAUCAACUCGUCCCUGCGGGGAGCUGAGAGGAAGGCCGCUCUCUGCUCGCUGCUGCAGCAGGAGACGCAGCUCAUCGACCACAUCGGACGGCAUCGCAUCGCCGCCCGGAGCGACAACUACGAGCAAAGUGUCAUGAGCUUCCUGGACAAGUCUGCGUCUCCUCACCAGUGGCGAGCGGCGGACGGUCGGCUGAUCGAGAUGGACAAUGAACGCACCGUCAGAGCCAGAGAGCUGAGAGAUCUGUACAUCGAGCUCAGCCGCUCCGCUCGCAGCCGGGAGGAGAGACUCCACGCCCUCCUGUCAGUCAAACACACCGUCAAGGAGCACACAUGUGAGCUGACCCACGACGUCGUAGAUUUGAUUGACAGGGAGGUGGACCUGAUGACUCGGGGGGUGAAGGCAGCCAGUCUGGUGGGGCUAAGGAAGAGGAUCUCCACUCUGUUCCUCCAGUACAUCAAGACGCCAGCGUUUAACCCUGAGGUGGCCAAGCUGCUGAAGGUUCCCCGGAAUCAGCGGAAGAGCGACACGUUCCGAUGCCGCGGCUGUCAUCGCAACCUGCCCUCCUCCGACUUCAGCCCGUCCGGCAACACCCGUCCGAGCGGUCGGUGCCGCGACUGCACCGGCCUCGACAAUAUCGCGAGGUCCCGGGACGACUUAUCCCGCUACGAGAGCAUCCUGAAGAGGCUGAGAGCCGACGAGCGGCGGCUCAACGCGGAGGCCAAGAUUCCCUUCCUGUUGCAGGUGGAGGACUUGCGGUACCUGCUUGAGGUGAUCUGGGAGUCCCGCUCGGACCUCCAAGACCUCUUCAACCUGGUGUUCCUCCGCUGGGAGCGUCGGACGGACUGGAGCCCCUGGAACUGUAUCCUGCUGUCCAAGGAAGAGACUUCAGCUCACCUGGAGGUGGAAGACAUCCACAAAGAGUACGACGCCACCUUCAUCCGCAGGAUCGGACAAAAACACACACUGGCUCGGUGCCACUUCCGCCAGAUCCCCGUCAUGGCCGAGUUCCUGGACCCUUAGCCCUCCAUGGCUACUCCUGGUUUUGACUGAAUUUAUGUUCAGGUGCUUUUAUUUUGAAAGUAGGAUGUAGUGAAACUGAGAGAACGAUCCUUUUGUUUUCGAGCUGUAUUGAGAUUUAAACAAAUACAAACAUAGAAAUAGUUGUUUUCCAACCCAA